CGCAGUGUUGUCACAUCAGGGCUGCACUACAUGGGUUUUGUCUGUCGGUGAUGAGCUCGUACAUACCAAAAGAGACAACUUGUGUGUCUUUUCUUUAGCAGCGUGUGUCUCCACGACCCACUGCGACUUUUAUUUAUUUUUUUUAAUAUACAUAGCUAUUUAUUUUAUCGCGUUUUGCAAUGCACGGAUCCUCCCUGUCCCUCCCCGCCGCCCUGCUCCUGACGCUGCUGUCCUGCUGCAGACCUUCCCAGGGAUACUUCGCGGAGGAGCGCUGGAGCCCCGAGUCUCCACUGCUGGCUCCCCGAGUCCUCCUCGCCCUUAUCUGCAGAAACACGGAGCACUCCUUGCCGUAUUUCCUCGGCACUAUCGAGCGUCUUAACUACCCCAAGGACCGGGUGGCACUGUGGGUAGCAACUGAUCACAACGAGGAUAACACCACAGCCGUUUUGCGUGACUGGCUCGUCAAGGUGCAGAACAUUUAUCACUAUGUGGAGUGGAGACCGCAAGAGGAACCCAGAGUUUAUGAGGAUGAGGAUGGCCCAAAGCACUGGACAAACCUCCGAUAUGCACAUGUUAUGAAGCUUCGGCAAGUAGCACUGGAGUCAGCCCGAGAGAUGUGGGCUGACUACUUCAUGUUGGUGGACUGUGACAACCUCCUCACCAAUCCUGAUGUGCUCUGGAAGCUAAUAAGAGAGAAUAAGACAGUUAUUGCUCCAAUGCUUGAAUCUCGUGCAGCAUAUUCCAACUUUUGGUGUGGUAUGACCUCCCAGGGUUACUAUAAACGCACUCCUGCCUACAUACCAAUCAGGAAGCAGGUGCGUAAAGGUUGUUUUGCAGUGCCCAUGGUCCACUCCACCUUCUUGAUAGAUCUCAGAAAAGAAGCAUCCAGGCAGCUGGCCUUCCACCCCCCACACCAAGAGUAUAGUUGGGCUUUUGAUGACAUCAUUGUAUUUGCCUUCUCUGCUCGCAUGGCAGAUGUUCAAAUGUUUGUAUGUAACAAAGAGACCUACGGUUACAUCCCUGUGCCACUACGAUCCCACAAUACUUUGAAAGAUGAAGCGGACAGCUUCUUGCAUUCCCUGUUGGAGGUUAAUGUGCGAAAUCCCCCAGUGGUGCCUUCCAAAUACAUACCUGUUCCUAGCAAACAUCCAGACAAACUGGACUUUGAUGAGGUGUUCAUGAUAAACUUGCAGAGGCGUUCCGACCGCCGAGAACGCAUGCUGAAGGCGCUGUAUGAGCAGGAGAUCGCUUGUAAGGUCAUUGCAGCAGUGGAUGGAAAAGCAAUGAACAUCAGCGAAAUUCAUAAAAUGGGCAUCCACAUGCUCCCUGGCUACAGUGACCCUUAUCACGGCCGCCCACUGACUAAAGGAGAGUUGGGUUGCUUUCUUUCCCACUAUAACAUCUGGAAAGAGGUCGUGGAGCGCGGUCUGCACACCUCCCUGGUGAUUGAAGAUGACCUGCGUUUUGAGGUCUUCUUUAAACGUCGCUUGAUGAACUUGAUGACUGAAGUGGAGAGUGAGGGAUUGGACUGGGACCUCAUUUAUAUUGGUCGGAAGAGAAUGCAGGUGGAUCACCCUGAGAAAGCUGUACCUAAUAUACACAACUUAGUGGAGGCAGACUACUCUUAUUGGACACUAGGCUACAUGAUAUCAUUACAAGGUGCCAUGAAGCUUUUGAAAGCAGAGCCACUAAAGAGGAUCUUGCCAGUGGAUGAAUUUCUUCCCAUCAUGUACAAUAAACACCCAGUCUCCGAUUACAUGGAACAGUUUGAGACUAGGGACCUGAAGGCAUUUUCUGCAGAGCCUCUUCUUGUGUACCCAACCCACUACACGGGUGACCCAGGCUACAUCAGCGACACUGAGACCUCCACUGUGUGGGACAAUGAGAAGGUCCGUACAGACUGGGACAGGGCGCGCUCAGGCAAGACUCGUGAGCAGGCUGAGAUCAGCACAGAGGCCCAGAACUCAGACGUCCUCCAGUCCCCUUUGGACAGUACAGCACGGGAUGAGCUAUGAGAGGGACUGGAUGGGAGCUUUGAGAAGAUUCACAGGAGCAUAGGCACCCAUAGUUUUUGAAUUACCUGUUUAAUUUCAGAUUUUGUAUCAUCAUGGCAAUGUGAUAUGGGAGUUUGUGGGGGAUUUAAUUUAUCCAGAUGUGACAAUUUAAAAAAGGGAUCAGUUACAACUUACAACUGUAUUUUAUGUUGUGCUGUCCAUUCUUAGUUUUAACUUCAUAAAGGCACUAGACUUGCCAUUUGGAAUGGCAUUUGCAGUACCCAACCUCUGUCUGUCAUACAGAAUGGAACCUGCAUAUUAGCAGGUACAAUAAUUGGACUGUUACAUUUCAUUGUCUUGACUUGACAGUCCACUGCGAAUUUCAAUCAUGUUCUGUUCCAAUAGUCUAUUGACUAUGAAUUGAUUGUGGCUUUAUUUCACUGAACAAAAUCAAGACUGAACAACACAGUUCAACAAUUUCUAACAAAUUACUUUGUCAUUCUAAAUGUUUUUAGUUUCUGUUGUGGAAAGACCAAGAGGAGAAAAAUCUGCAUGUCUUCAUUUUACUUUGAUAUUCAUUAUUUUCUCUUUUUAAACCUGAACAUGUCUUUUGCUUAACCGCCGACACUUGAGAUGUUUGAAGAGCUGCUUUACCAAAGCAGCAAAGGGCACGAGUAAUUACAGAUCAGUUGCUGUCAACCCCUAAUCAUUGAUUUACAGAGCUGCCUUAUAUAGCACUGCAGUUCGUGAUUUUUUCCCUUUUCCCUUGCUGCCACUUUAGGUUAGUUCCCAGACUUAACGCCUCCAACCUGUCACUGAUAUGGUUAUAUGUGAAACCAACAACUGUAAAUGCCUCACACUUUGUGGUUUGGGAGGAACAUGAUUAUAAAUGGCAAUUACGUUCCCACAAGAGGUCCCUCUCGGCCGCAUACAAACACUGUCAGUCUCUCGUUUCAGUCUUUUUAAGUUGGUAAUAUCUAAAUUUGAGUGAGUUUAAAAAAAAAAAAGACCUCUGCAGAAGAUACGAUGUCAAGCUCAGAUCCUGUGUUACAGUUUGAGCUCCUAAGAAGAUGGACCUUCUAAAAAAAAAUUCAUUGGCAUUGGCUGUUGAUGCAUUUA